AUGUCAGCAAAACACCCGAUCCUCACUCAAAGUGCACCCCCUCCUCUUCCUGGGAUCUAUUCACAAGCCAUUGUCGCCAAUGGAUUUGUCUACUGCUCGGGUUGCGUACCUAUGGACGCACAAACAGGCAAGAUCGUUGAUGGAGAUAUCACAGUGCAUACGCACCAAUGUAUCAAGAAUAUAAAGAAUAUUCUCGAAGCCGCAGGGUCGGACAUCGAAAAAGUCGUUAAGGUCAAUGUUUUCUUGUCCAACAUGGAUGAUUUCGCGGCAAUGAAUUCAGUCUACACGCUCUACUGGGGUGAUAUUAAGCCUGCCCGGACUUGUGUCGCUGUGAAGACAUUGCCCUUGAACACUGAUGUAGAGAUCGAAUGCGUGGCUGUUUUAUAG